GGAAACGACGCGCGGGGAGCACGCACGCGGAACUGCCGUUUUUUUUCCUUGCAGGAGCUAAAAGCUCACACCAAAGAGCAGGCUGGUGGUGCAGUGCCCUCUGAAAUGAGGGAUUUGGAUCUGCUCCCACCUGCAAAGAAUCAUCCAGUGGUCCCUUGUCUGGAGGACAAGGAGAGUGAAGAGAAACAAGAAGUGAGUGAUGAGUCACUGAGCAAGGAACCAUCUUCUGAAGUGACGACACCAGGGAAUGGUCUGAUCAACAAGGCCACUCCCCUGGGGACGAAUGUCAUUCCGGGGUUCAGAUCCGAAAAGCGCAAAGCUAAACCCCCAAGCAAAACUGUUCUUCUUUCUAAGAGAAACGAGGAAGAAUCACAUGACUCCCCUGGAGCUAUGCCCACCGAUGACUGUGUGAAGAUGACAAGAAAACAC